UCCUUCUACACAAUCCGAAGAAGCUCGAGCAGACGUGUCACUUCAAAUUCCGUCCAAGGUUGGCCCCAAACCUUUCGCACAGCGCGUUUCUCGACAGAUCGGCUGACGGAUAGAGGUCUUCUACCUCGGUGAUUCUUGACGACGCUGGCAUCCUCAUCCCUUCUUACGCCGGCUAAGCGGCCCUGUUUCUGCUCAAGGCGAACUGAACCUGACUUUCGAAAAGCUGAAAGUCCCCUCUUCUGCGCAUUCUUCCCUCAUGACAUCAUCAAAUGGCCAUUCUAACGGCAAUGGCAUCAACAAGCCCCCGGACCGUCGCGAGCGAUCCAGCUCAUCCCCCUCACCCGGCUUAAGCGAAAAGCUCUCUCCCUUAUCACAUGGCCCCUUGCCUGCAAAUCUGAGCGAGCUGCCAAAUGAUACAAUGCUCCAUGGCAAUCAUCCAGCUCCAUGGGUGGAAACUUGGAAAUCUCUUUUCCUCACUUCAUCUGCAGCAUCUGAGGACCGGAAGGUAGCUCGCGUGAGGCAUACGGACGAUUGCGCAUGGGCCACGGUCCAAAACGUCGCUCCCAUCCAUGCCGGCUCCCAGGGAUAUGGGGAACAGGUGAACGAAAAGCAGCACAACAAGAAGGGAACGCCUCCACAAGCAGGCAUCUCGCCUCUCAUCUUUGGAGCCGGGACGUUCGGGACGGGUCAAUAUUCGAGCGAUGAUCUCAUGAUGAGCAUCGAACCCGUCAGAGCUCUACGUAUCGCGUUCCGCUACGGCAUCAACACGUUUGACACCUCUCCGUACUAUGCAAACUCCGAGACGAUUCUCGGGCGCGCAUUAUCCGUCUUGGCGCCGGAGUUCCCUCGCUCGACAUACUACAUCUCGACCAAAGCCGGCCGCUAUGGGCCGAAAACCUCGGACUUCGACUACACCCCGCAGCGCGUGCGCCGCAGCGUCUGCGAGUCCAUCGUCCGCCUCAACAUGCAGCUCGAUCAUGAUGGCUGGCUCGACAAUGUUUACAUGCACGAUGUCGAGUUCGUUUGUACACGCGUGGGCAAGGCACACGAUGCUGGGAUGGGUGCCGCCGAUGUCGUCGGGCUUGGAAGCGAUGUUUUGAGCGCAGAAGAGCAGGAGGCCCUGCGCACCGACAUGGGACUCGCAGAAACGUUCGAAGCUGCGUCCAAGGUGCAUGGAGAAGGCGACGAAAAGAUCCUCGGCGCCGUGCGCGAGUUGUUCAAGCUGAAAGACGAAGGCAAGAUCAAGAUGGCCGGCAUCAGCGGCUAUCCACUACCCGUGCUGCUCCGACUUGCAAGGAUGGUCGCGACCAACCCGCCGUUCCGACCGCUCGAUUCGAUUCUAAGCUACUCGAAUCACACACUCCAUUCCGAUCUAUUGCCAGCAUACAUUAUGCUCUUUGAGUGCAACCCAUUCCGCUUUCCCGGCGCACCAACCGAGGCAGCAGCAGGGACAGAAUGGACGCCGCCGUUCAUCAUGAACGCAUCACCGUUCAGCAUGGGCCUCUUGACCGAAGCCGGCCCGCCGCCUUGGCAUCCUUGCUCCGAACAACUGCGGCUAGCGCGGCAGGAGAGCCUGCGGCUGCUCUCUGGGACCGGGACUCUCUCCGGUUUUGACAUAGGCCAAGGGGAAUCCAACGCCGAUGCUGCCAGCUCCAGCAACCGCACAAGCGAUAGCGCCAGGCAAUCGCGCCUUUCGACUCCGACGAGUCUCGCGGAAACAGCGCUGCAGUAUGGCAUACGUGGCAGUGAGCGACGCGCCGACCCGUCAUCUUACCAGGCCCAACGCUGGGGCUCGCACGUCCCUCAUCUUCGUACGCUCGUGGGCCUCGCCAACGUCGAGCAGGUACACAUCGCCGUGCAAGCUUUCCGCACACUGCUCGCUGGUGCGCCAGCCCAGCGGGCGCAAGGAGAGACUGUGAAUGGCGCUAGGGAUCUCGUGUGCCCGCCCGCUGAGGAAAAUCACCAUGAGGCGACGCCAGCUGCAGAAAAUGAGCCGACGUUUGCUCAGCGCUACGAGCUGCUGCACGAAGCGGAGGAGGCGGUCGUCAGCAUCAUGAAAACCCGAGGCGUCCUGGGGGAGAGCUGGCAGAGCCCAGGCGACCAUUUAUCGGUAAAAUGAAAACAAGCACACGGGAAGGCGACCCUGAACGAUGGGCCAUGGCAAUGGACUUGGAU